UAGACAUACACGUACAGCUCUCGUUUGGAAAAAACUUUGCAUGAAUGUAUUUUGCUCUGCUAACGUGAUCGCUCACUUGCGUCCUGUAUUAUUAUCUUCCUUCCUUCAAUCUACAUAUCUGCCUGGAAUGUUGGUUGGUCUUGGCUCUAUCGUUAAUAGGAUGUCUGGCUGUAUCUACUUGGCAUCCAGGAAGCAGACCGGUCCAAGGAAGUCUCAACCCAGAAGCAAAAGCUGUUGGACUAUGAGCAGAUUGACAAGGAACCUAACGAGAUGACAAAGCGUGUCCGGGGCGAGAUCUCUAGGUACUUGCGAAAGACCAAUAUCGAGUCCAGUCGCAACAUUCCAAGGAUCUUUGAGGACGUCAUCAGUGCCUACUGCAAUCAUAACCAUCGCGUCGAAUACUAUCCGGCCAUGGUCAAUCUAUGUGCCCCAUUCAUCUAUUCGGUCAAGCGGGAGUGUGAUGCGUUCCUCUGCUUUGAAAAGCUGAUUAAUACACUUGAUGACUAUUUCAGCAGUCGAAGCAUCAACGAGUCCGUGGCGAGUUUUAUGACACUGUUCAGGACCUGCAUCCCGGACCUGUACAGCUACUUUGAGGAAGAGGAGGUCGAUAUCAAGGAUUGGGCUGCCUCGGCGCUACAGUUUGUGCUGUCAAAAGAACUCUCAUUGGAGAAUUUGAUGCGGUUAUGGGACACAUAUUUUGCAGUUCCGGAUUGGAUCGAACUCCAUCCGUUUUUCUGUCUCGCGGUCUUGAAGCAUUUGAAGGAAGGUCUUGAGGAGCUGGAGCAGUCUGAGAUCAGGACCAUGUUGAUGCGGUUACCUCCCCUGGAGAUGGAUCAGAUUGUCAAUGAAGCGUUCAACAUACGGCAUGAGAUUCUGGAGAGGCAGAUUUCUGAGGAGUGUAUGUAGCAGCGAAGCUGCAGCGGACAGGGGCAUAUAGAAACAAAAGCAUUGGAUACCGAAAUGUAGUGUACGACCCAUAUAAUAAAUGAAGUGUAAAAUACA